UUCAACGGAGCCAGCCCCUUCAGCAUCUCUUCAUCCCUUCCCUCUUUCUCACCGUCACCGAUCGCUUGCUCUUCGGGGAAAUGUUGCUCGGUUGGAGUUGUUCGUUUGCGAAGCUUGCGUUCCUGAUAGGAGUGAUUUCGGUGGAUGUUCAUCUUGUUGCGUCUGUUGCGAUGCCGAGUUCCAAUUGCUACGCGCUUGAUAACAGUAGCUACCUUGCUGAUUUUACAGAUUGGAUUGGUCACCCCUUUGAAUAUGAUGGGCAGGAUGGUGAUUUGGUUGUUCGGUUCUGCAAAGAUGUUGAGAGCCGAUCUCAAACGGGGUAUGUUGAUUUUGGUCGUUACUCGACUAACCACUAUUUUGUACCUGGUUCAACGCCUGUGAAUUUUGUUCAAGGCUUUUUCAAUGGAGACCUGAUGAAAUGUGAGGAUAGCUUUGAUAAAAUGGGUCGUACUGCUCAGAUAAAUAUAGUAUGUGGAAAUUGUUUGAGUGGAGCUUGUAAAGGUGAGCUUGGGUGCAUAUGCAGUGUAGAUUAUGACACUUCAAAGUGCAGGGCUAUUAUUGAACUUGCUAUCCCUUGUGUCAAGCGCGGACCACGAGUAUUUGAGGGUUUCACUGUUGGUUUUCAUCCUCGGUCAUGGGAAGUUGUAUAUAAUGGCAUGACUCAGUUAGGAUAUGAAAAACCUCGUCGUGAUUUCAGUUUCCGGACUGAGCAGACCCAUCUAUCCCUUUAUCUGACUGCAAAGUCUACUCUUUCGGUUCUUGUUGGCAAACCAAUCCUGAAGAUUAACCCUGACAAAGGAUUAGAGGUGAAGCUAUUAGGUUCAGCAGCAAGUGGCAGUGCACCAACUACGUUGUCCCCCUCAAUUCUAUUAGUUAAUUGGAGAUGUCUAACCGCACGUGAUAGUCCAUAUGAAAUUGCCAUCUCAAUACCAAUAGAUGGCUAUGAUCCUGUAGAGUUUACCCUCACAAAAUUGUGUGAUUACGAGCAGGGGGGUGAAAAUGAUGCUACAAGGGGGUGGGCCACUUUUGGAGUGCUUUCUUGCAUAUUUAUAGUCUUAUCAACAAUAUUCUGCUGUGGGGGAUUUAUCUAUAAAUCUCGAGUUGAGCGUCAGAGGGGACUUGAUGCCUUGCCUGGAAUGACCAUUCUAUCAGCCUGUUUGGAAACUGUGACUGGACCACGAGGGUACAUGUUAGGAGGCGAUCUUGGUCGCAAUUUCUCAGGCCAAUCAUCCUGGGAUGAUCAACCUGCUUCAACUCAAGAAACACAAAGAACAAGCGAAAGAAAAUAUGGGUCAAUUUGAAUAAGCAAAGACAUAAAAUAUUCCUCAUUCCCAGAUGACUUGACAAUGCAGUUGAGGUUAGGAACAUCGACAAAUAUGGUACUUUCUGCUAAAUGUGGUAACACUUUCCCGGCUUUCAUCAAUUCACAUGGAAGAUCACAUUGGCUGGUUCUUUCUUUAAGCGUCGGUCGUCGCCUUUCAGUUGUAUGUUACUCGAUCGUUUUAAUAGUAAAAUUUGGAAGAGGAAUUAGUGGUAGCAGUUCUACCUACUCUUCAAGGAGCAGGUAACAGUGAUAACCGAAGCAAAUGAAAGGUGAUCUGUUUGUCUGAACUUGUUGUUCUGAUCCAAAUAAAGAAGCAUGAUGCUGAGUUUUAUAUAGCCUGGAAUUUAUCACAUUUGCUCUUUUGCCACAUUUGAAGCAGAGAGAGACAAAGACCUGAAUUUACUGAUUCAACAUUGUUUUGUGUUUUCCUGAAUUUCUGGGAAUGUGUUUGAUUUCUUGUACCUCUAAACAAACAAAUAUGUUUUAUAAUUUCAUGCUUUGAUUAUUUGUCUU